GUCAGUAUGUGACUGGAAUUGUGGGUAAAAACACAUUACUCCUGAAAGAGUUGAAGCUGAAUGAACAUAAACUAGGAGACACACGAGUGAAACAGAUCUCUGCUCUACUGCAAGAUAAACACUGUAAACUCAACACACUGAUAGGAAAGUUGCUCAGCUCUCGCUACAGUCCUGAGAUCAAACUCCAGUCUAAAAGAGCUUGACAUGAGCAACAAUAAUCUGCAGGAUUCAGGAGUGAAGAAACUUGGAUUAGAAAAUAUAAGAUGCCCACUAAAGACGCUCAAACUGUCUAACUGCAGUAUCACUGAAGAAGGUUAUAAAGCUCUGUCUUCAGCUCUGAGAUCAAACCCUUCACACCUGAUAGAGCUGGAUCUAAGAGGAAAUGAUCCUGGACAAUCAGGAGUGAAGGAGCUCAGUGAUUUACUACAGGAUGGAAAUUAUCAAUUGAAGACUAUCAGGUUUCUGAGAAAUGCUGCUGCGCUGAAAGCAUGUGAUCAUCUGACUAAAGUUCUGGGUACAAGUCCAUUAUUACUGAAGCAACUAGAUCUGAGUGAAGAUAAAUUGAGAGACGUGGAUGGUGAGAAACUCUCUGCUCUUUUGAUGGACUCUCAUAGCAAAGUGGAGAAAAUAAAGCUGAAUAAUUGUGAGCUGACAGAAAUAAGCUGUUCAGUUCUAGCUACUGUCCUUUCCUCCAAAACCAUCCUGAAAGAGCUGAACCUGAACAACAGUCAUCUACUGGAUUCAGGAGUCAAACAGAUCUGUGAGGGACUGAAGAAUCCUGUGUGUGAGCUGAAGAUACUCAAACUUUCUAAUUGCAGUAUCACUGAAGAAGGUUAUAAAGCUCUGGCUUCAGCUCUGAGAUCAAACCCUUCACACCUGAUAGAGCUGGAUCUCACAGGAAAUGAUCCUGGACAAUCAGGAGUGAAGGAGCUCAAUGAUUUACUACAGGAUCCAAACUAUCAACUGAAGACACUGAGGUGAGUGUUC